AUGAUUUUAAGAAGACCACAAAAAUCAUCAGCAUCCUGCCGAUACAUGUACAUUUUUUCCCUAAUUAACUUAUUGAAAACAACAGCGAAUGGUCUGACAAAAUCCACAUAUACGUAUAUUCCAAACUCCAAUUUUUAUUUUUCUCAAAUACAAAAAAAAGCAUAUAAAUUAAUUUUUGGUAAUUGUUCGAAUAAGGAAAAUUAUAAUGCUUACGUAUAUAAAUCUUAUAAAAAGUAUAAAAUGAAUAAAAAAUUUUCGAAUUCUAUAAAUAUGAAUAAAAUUAAUGAAAAUGAGAAUGUUUUAAAAGAUAAUAAUAACAUCCCAGCAUUUAAUAAAAAUAAUAGUGACGCAAAGAAUUAUGGGAACUUUAAUCAAAGUGGCAGGAAUUCUGCUUUUGGUAAACGAUACUCCCAUGGUAGUAAGAGUAAAAGCAAGAUAUCAUCAAACAGUUAUAUUGGUGGCGGGAAUAAUAACAGCUACGUGAGCAACAGCAAUAUUGGUAGUGGCGGAGGUAGUAAAUACACAACGAGCCAUAAUUAUUCGAGUGCUUAUUUGGGAAAUCGCCCUGGAAACAAUUCAUCUGCGCACAAUAAAAAAAUGAGUAAUAAAAAUGAAGAAUCGAAUUAUUCAUUAAGUGAAACGAAAUUAAAUACAAAUGCAAAUUACAUGAAUUCUAACGUGAAGGAAAAUAAAUGUGGAUACCCCAUGAACAGUAAUGAUUCAAACACACCACUUUCGAACGAUAGUAAUAAAAUAAAUCAAUAUAACACCAAAAUGAGUACGUUCAAUAAAGAUAAUAUGUUGUUGAAAAGUGUAAAAGAAGAAAAAAUGUAUAACAACAAUGGUUUAGGCUUAAAUAGUAGCUUGAACAAUUGUGAUAACAAUGUGAGUAGUAACAUAGACAAUACAAAAAAUAACAUGAAUAAUAACAUUGGUAAUAGCAGUGUAAAUUCUGCCAGAGCGAAUUAUCAAGAGAGUAACACAAUGAAAAGCUCAAGUUACAGAAACAGGAAGAGCGGUAGUAGCGGAAAUAAUAAGAACAAAAGCAUGAGCGAGAAGAAAACGAGCAUGGAAGGUAUAAAUAGCUCUAGUUUAAAAGGUAAUGAACGAUUUAGUCAUAUUAAUGAUAACUGUUCAAGUAGCACAAAAUAUAAUGCAAAAAAUGCCUUCAUUUCAAAUAAAAAAAAUAUUUCUACGCACAACACAAAUUUAAGCAGCACGAGCAAUAAUAAUUUUAAAAAGGACAGUGAAAAUAUUAUCCUUUCACAGGAUAACUUCAAAAGAGAAGUUUUAGAUGAUGUACUGAAUAAUAAUAUGAACAUCCCAGAACUAAGUAAAAACGUUGAUGUUAUCAUGGAUACCAAUAUGAACCAAAAAGACAGUAUCCUUAAUGAUGUAAACGCCUUCACCAGUACCAGUAAUAAUAAUCGUACAGGCAAUACGAGAGGUGGUAAUGGUAGAAGCAGUAACGGACGCAGUAGUAACAGACGUAGUUCUAAGAGUCAAAGAGGAAGAAGAAGAAGGAACAACAAUGGAAGUAUUAAUAACGGAAGUGGCAACAACGGAAAUGGAAACAGCAAGAGCAUGAACAGCAGCAUUUCCAAUCGUAACGGAAAUGGAAAUAAUAGCAAACGAAAUAGCAAUAGUAAAAGAAGUAGCAACAAUCAUAAGAACAGGCGAAGUAGUAAGAGCAAUGCGAGUAUGUUCAAAUUAAACAGUAUGAUGAAAAACAAAGAUGAACAAAUUAAUGAGAAUUUUGAAAAUCAGCUACCAGAAAACGAAUGUAUGCAAGAUAAUUCAAACAAUUUAAGGGGCACAUCGGAAAAUCAACCAAUCCAUAGCAUUAGAAACAGAAACAGCAAGAUGGCGCAAUACAACUCUAGCGGCCCGAUAAGCAAUGGAAGCACGGUGGAUAACAAUGGAAUUCGAAUGCAAAAUGUUAGCAACACAAACAACAUGAACAAUAUGCACAACGUGCAAAACUUGCACACCAUGAAGAUUCAGGAACAGGGGAAGAUAGGUUUAAGAGAAAAUGAAAAGAAAGAUUCCGUCAUAAUGGGUAUGAACACAAGAAACAUAUCAUAUGAUAGUAAGGCAAAUAAUUACAACAAAGAGGCUAAUCCAACGGAAAUUUAUGAAUCUAAGAAGGAUGAUUCGUAUGCGAAUUAUUCCACGUCGAACAUCAUGAGCAAUAUGAACAACCUGAACAGCAGUAUGAACAACACGAACAGCAGUAUGAACAACCUGAACAGCAGUAUGAACAACACGAACAGCAGUAUGAACAACACGAACAGCAGUAUGAACAACACGAACAGCAGCAUGAACAACACGAAAAACAGUAUGAACAACAUGAAUAGUAUGAGCACCAUUGCCAACCUGAACAACAUAAACAGUAUGAGCAACAUGAGCACGGUUACAAACACAAACAAUAUCAGCACCGUCUCCAACGCAAUGGAAGAUCAAUAUUGUGGAAAUAAUCAAAAUAAACAAAGCUGCAACACGAAUAGCCAAUCCUCCUAUCUGAACAUGGAAUCAGAUGCAUUUUUGUUCUACGAUUUUAACGAAUUUUUAAACUACAUGUAUAAGGAUGAGAAUAUAUUAACCCUUUUUUAUAUAAGAAAGAAUUACUUAAAAGCUGAAUCUAGAGAAGAAUUUGUAAACGAAAAUGACAAAGUACAGUAUUCAAUAAUAUGGUCCUUUGCAAAUGAUGAAAAAAUUACAGUUACUGGUACACAUAGCACAAAGAAAUUAAGCAAAAAAGUAUGCGUAAAAAAAAUAUUAUUAAAAUUAAAAAAUAUAUCUCUUUUAGAAUUAGAUCAAAUGACUAAAUGGAUGAUAAAUAACUUAAAUGUUAUGCUGAAAGUGGAACAUAAAAAUAUGGAAAGCAAAUUAAACAAUAACAAUAUGUAUUGUACUACCAUAGAAUGGAAAGUUAACAAUAAAAUUUAUCAAGCAUCAGGUGUACACGUGAAUGAAAAAAUUUCUGAAAUUAUUGCUACGCAUAAACUAUACAUGCUAUUGUAUGACAUUAAGGAUCAGCUAAUCAAAGAAAUGGAGGGAACUAAAAUGCUCAAUCACCAUGGAGUUUCAGGUCCUAUGAAAAGCAUGGAUAACAGCCUCUUCGACAAAAUGAUGAAUAACAGCCACAAAGGAUACGAUGAUCAUGGUUCGAAUAAAAUUGGUGUUAAGUAUGAAUAUGGAAAAGGACAAAUGAUUCCAAACAGAAACAUGAUGGAUGUUACAUCUUUAUAUAAAUGUGGUAUCACGGCUAAUAAGGAUUACAAUAUACAAGGUUUGAAUAACUACAACACAUAUUUUAACCCGAAUGAUGGUAUCCUACGAACACCAUGUGCUAACAAUCCAAUGAUGCAUUCAGUACAAGGGGUUGUUGUUGGUAAUGUUAACCCUUUUGUCAGAAGUGGAAAUAAUAACAUGGAAUUAGCAAAUGCUGGUGCUCUUAAUGCAAAUAAUAACCCCAACAUGAACCUCAUGAACUAUCAAAAUGUUAACAAUAUCAAUAUGCCCAUUUUGAAUGAUAAAAAUUUUGGAAUAGGUGUAGGGCCUAACAUGAACGGAUUAAUAAAUAAUCCAUCAAUGGUAACUGCAGCACCAGUGAUAUCAGACCCAUCAGAACUUAUUGCAUAUCAUUUAACAAAACAAGAUUCUGGUAGCAUACAAAUGCUGAGAAAUAAUAUUGCUUCAAGAUAUAAAGUACAUCAAACGGAAAAUUUCGAACAAGUUUAUAAUUUGUUCAAAUGUACCCUGGAAUGGGAUUGGAAAAAUGGAAAAAUAGCUUGUAAAGCAAAAAGUGUUGGUUAUGGAACGACAAAAAAUUUGGCAAAAUGUGAAGCUGCUUACGAUAUGCUAGUGAAAAAUAAUUUAAUAGAAUACAUAUCUGCAACGGAUAGAAAAAAUGCUCAAUAUAUAAGGGAUCUAAUUCAAAAGGAUGUAACCAAAGCUUUAAAUUUAGCUAUUCAAUUCAUUAUGCAAUAUAGUAGUAAUGCUUGGUCUAUUUUUUUAAUUUAUCUACUCAGAGAGUUGCUAAUAGAUGGAAAUUAUGAUCACAUAAACAGACUUCUAACAACAGUGGUGGAAGUGAGUAAAGAGGGAAGAAUAGAGGCAGAUAAAAUAAAAAACGAAAGUAAUAAUAUAAAUGGGCUUAAUGGAGGAGGAGGGGUUGGUGGUAAUACUAAUGUCAGCAACAGUAGAAUGGAUCCAAAUAAUUUACACCGAUCUAAUAGAUUGAAUAAUAAUGGAACAAACAAUUGCUUAUACAAUAUCAAUCCUGAUGGAGAAAACUACGUAGAUAGCUCAAGCAGUUUAUUCUUUUGCCAUCCAUACAUUAAGAACGUAAGUGAAAACAGCAAUUAUGUACACAAAUUGGUAUCCAUAGAUUUGUGGGAAAAGUUAAUAGAUGAAUGUGUUAUUGUUCUUAAUGACAAAUUGUGCUUCCAUUGUAUAUCCCUCUUGAAAGAAGUGGAGCUAGAUUACUCAAUUUUUAUAUCGAAAUGUGCACAUGAUUAUUAUAAAAAAUAUAGAAUUAUGUUAGCCUUAGAAUUACAAGCGAAUUUAUCACAAAGUAUUCAAGAAAAAAAAGAUUUUGAAUAUCUACAUGAAAAUAAAUCAUUAUUGUUAAAAGUUAAAAGUGCAACUAUGCCCAUUUUGUCUUUUACUUGUACAUUAACAUUGGAAGAAAAGGAAUGGAUGAAAUCAACACAAAUGAGAGAAGACGAUAUUGUUCUGUUAAAACCAUGUGAUUUACUUCUUACAGAUGAAGAUGCAUGGGCAAGCAGUCUUAUUGGUACCAUAACAAGCACAAAGAGUGACAAUACGAUUUAUAAUAUUAACGUGAGAAUUUUCUCAGCGGAAAAUACGAGAAAAGCAAAUGUAAAAUAUAGUAAAUAUAAAUUAUUUCUACUAUUGAAUAUAGUAACACAUGAAAGAAUGCUACAAGCCUUGAGAUCUAUAACUUUUAUAAGUUCCAUUCCCACCACAUAUCAAUCCCCGUAUGUAUUUACACCAGAAAUUCGUUUCUUAAUAUUACACUCUUAUAAUAAGUAUUCAAAACAUAUUGCUCAAACAGGAAAACUUAAUAACGAAAUCGCUGAAUAUGAAAAAAUUAAGAUGGAUUUUCAUAACAAUGAAUCAAUGAAAAAUAACGCACAAGAAGAUCUACUAAGCCAGUACAGUGGUCAGGCGAAGAAUCCAUAUGAAGAUUUAUUAAACGAUGCAUUAAAUAGACAAAUAGGAAAGACACAUACAGAUGACAUUGAUAAGUAUCUAAUUGAAUCAAUUAAUUUACCAACCAAUUUACCCCUAAACGAUUCUCAAAAAUUAGCAUGCUUAAGUGCACUCACCAGAAGAUUAACUCUAGUGCAAGGACCUCCAGGUACAGGAAAAACACACGUUGCAUGUGCCAUAAUCGACAGUUGGCAUAGACAGAAUAGUAACAAAAAGAUAUUAGCUGUUGCAGAUUCCAACGUUGCAGCAAAUAAUUUAGUGGAAGGAUUAAAAAAAAGAAAUAUUCAAGCUGUCAGAGUAGGAGCAGGCAGUGAUAGCGAUUUUCAUGAAGAAGCUAUUAUGGAUUUUCAUCGAUAUAAAGAUCUACUAAAAUUGAGGAAGAAUAAUUUACAAAAAGAAGCCAAAGUUAUGAAAGCACUUCUAUUCCUUGAAGCUGUGAAAAAAUAUAAUGUCGUUAUAGCUACAUGCGUUGGUUCAGGUCAUGAAAUUUUUGAUAACGAAAAAUUUGAAAGAGUUAUUAUUGACGAAUGUGCACAAUCUAUUGAACCAUCUAAUUUGAUUCCUCUAGGUCAUUACUGUAAUAAUUUAGUUCUAAUAGGAGAUCAUAAGCAGUUACCACCAACUAUUAUCUCAUCAGAUGCUACAAAAUUAGGAUUAGAUAAGUCUCUUUUGGAACGAUUUGUUAUGGCCAAAAUUGCACCUGUUCAUUUGUUAACAACACAAAGACGUAUGCAUCUAAGUAUAUGCACAUUUCCAAAUAUCCAUUUUUAUGAUAAUAAAUUAAAAACCGAAAAUGUGACAGAGGAAAAUAGGCCGAUUAUUAAAGGAUUCUUGUGGCCAAACCCAAAAUGCCGAUUAGCAUUUAUAGAUGUAUCUCUAGGAAAACAAGGAAGUAAAUUUGAAAAUGCAUAUGGUACUUCGAAAUUUAAUUUAUACGAAAUUGAACCCUUAAUAUCAGUGUUAAAGUCUAUUGUAAAUGAAGGUUGUGUAUCCGUUGAUGAAAUAGGUAUUUUAACAGCAUACGAUGCUCAGAAAGUGAAAUUAAAAAAAGCUGUUCAAGAUGCAUUUCCUUAUGAAGCAGCUUGUAGAAUAGAAAUUGAUUCCAUUGAUGGGUUCCAAGGAAAGGAAAAGGAUUUAAUUCUUUUUUCAGCAGUCAGAUCAAAUGCAAAUAAUGAAUUAGGGUUCUUAAAAGAUGCACGAAGAUUAAAUGUUAUGUUAACAAGAGCAAAAAGAGGCGUAAUUCUAUUUGGAGAUCAAUUUACAUUAGCAAAUGAUCCCGAAAACUGGUUACCCUGGCUUAAUUGGAUAUCAUCUAAAAGGGCUGUUGUACAUAUAACCAAACUGAAUGAACAUUUAGAAAAUGCUGAUUAUUCCCUAUUAGAUAAAUUGAAUAAAAUAAACAAAGCUGUUAAUUUGAAAAGCAUUAACAUCUCAGAUGAUUAUUAUUUAUAUGGAAAUGACACCGGCUUUUCGAACGACUACAAUGAACCACAAAUUUACAACCAGAAUGAAGAUAACACUUUCACAGCAGGAUUGAAUGACACCAAAGAGGAAGUAGAUCAGGUCGAAGAGAUUGUCGAGAAUUGGGAAGAUUUAUUAUGA